UAUCGACCAACAUCUAUUAAGACUCAUAUUACGCAGCUGUUGCCUUUUGUGUGAUACUCUGCUUCCUACCUUACUAAACCGCUAAGAAUUCCUAACACGAUGUCAUCGAAACAGAACAGAAUGGCUGCUAGUGGAAGAAUUUUGGUUUACUUGAAACGAAAGGGACACGAUCACACACCGACGAUUGCCAAGUUUACACAGAGUGUUUUGGACUGUUUUGUGGAGGACAAGAGCAUUAACCAGUCAGAGGUGUUUGUAGAAUUGGUUGAUAAUCACCUAAUAGUUACAGAUGACAAACUGGAGUCGAGACACAACUCAAUCAAAAUCAGGAGGCCGUCUUUCUGUCCCAUACACAAUCUCAGGAAGGAUGACAUUGGAGCGUUACCAGAGGACAUUUUAAAUAGAGGGAUAGAUGUUGGGGCAGCUGUGAUACUAGAAUCGGCCGACAACAAAAUUCUCCUGACUCGUCGAUCAAAGAGCCUCCGCACAUUUCCAGGCAUUUGGGUUCCACCAGGUGGACAUGUAGAAAAAGAUGAAACGUUCAUUGAAGCAGGAUUGCGAGAACUGCACGAGGAGACUGGAUUGAAGAUAUUGCCCUCCCAGUGUGUCGGGGGUAAUGUACAGAUACUGGCCCUUUGGGAGUCUGUUUUUCCUCCCAAACUGACCCUCGGACUGCCAAAGCGCCACCAUGUUGUUGUCUACCUGUAUGGGAAGCUGACCUCUGACCUCACAUCCGAUGUUCUUACGGAGAGCAUCCAACUGCAGCCGGAGGAGGCUGAGGCGUGUGUGUGGCUUGACAGGAAAAUCUCACAGGAUAUCGUGGCCCGCAAUGAGGAGGAAAAGUCUGAUAUUGACUUCAACCAAUUAAAUUUACCAGACAUGUUAAAGGGACUUAUCAUACGAGAUGAAGAUAAGAAACAGGUGACAAGUGACGUCCCUCUCCGGCCACUGUUCAACACGUCAAGUGAUACAAGUGACGGAGAACGUGUCAGCACUGGGACCAAAUUUGCUCUGGAGGAGUGGCUCAAUAAGACAUCGAAAUCAGCAGCUUUGUGAUACUCAAUCUUAACCUAGCCUUUCCUACACUAACCUGGAGGGGAGGCUAAACAAUACAGCGAAGUCUACAGUCCAGUGAUACUCAGUCUUAACCUAGCCUUUCUUACACUAACCUGGAGGAUAUGCAAAAUAGGUGCUAAAUUUGCAGGCCUGUGAUUCUUAAUCUCAUUCCAUUCCAAGGACCUUUACCCACAACAUUUAAACAUUGAAAUAAGGAAAAAAUUCUUUUCACUACGAAUAGUAAAAUUAUGGAAUAGUCUUCCAGAGGAUAUGAUAUCAGCACCAUCAAUAAAUACAUUUAAGAACAGACUCGAUAAACACCGGAUUGACCAGGCAAUUAUUUAUAAUUUCAGAGUUAACAUAGCUUGUUAAACACAUGAUGUCCAUACCCAAACUUUCAUGUAUCUAUAUAUAUGUGUACAUGUAUCUAUAUAUAUAUGUGAACAUGUAUCUAUAUAUA